AUGGGAAAACCCAGACCGCAGAAGAAAAAGUCGUCCAAGUCCAGCAAAAAGUCCGUCCUCGGCCCUGGUGGCUCGGUCUCGCAAGCCAAAAUGUCCCAAGACCCCUCCGCAUUACUCGACCAAGCCACUAUUCUCCUACAAACGGGCCGUGCUGAUGAGGCGCUGGCAACUGCACAGGAGGCGCUGGACCUCGCAGCUGGAAACGCGUCUGCGCAGCUUCAAGCGGUAAACCUGCUGGGAGAGAUCAACGUGGAGCUGGGCGAGAUCGAUACUGCUCGGGAAUACUUCCUUGGUGCUGUUCAGCAAGAUCCCAAUGGCUCAAUACCGGAGGCCGAGGGCGGUGGUGCUGAGAAGUUCUUGUGGCUUGCUCAAUUGAGUGAGCAAGGUGGGGCAGACAGUGUGCAGUGGUUUGAGAAGGGCGUGUCAUCCCUGAGACAGACUUUGCAGCAGAUGGAAGGCAAAACGAGUGCGGAGGACAUUGCCGAUGCUACAGAGAAGAAGACCAAGAUGGCGAAUUCGCUCUGUGCUGUUGCCGAGAUCUAUAUGACCGAUCUUUCUUGGGAAGAGGACGCUGAAGCCCGGUGUGAGGCGCUCAUCUCAGAGGCUCUCGUCGUCACACCCGAUGCGCCAGAGGUUUUGCAGACUCUCGCAUCCAUUCGGAUAUCGCAGCUGAAAACCGAAGAAGCUCAAGAGGCUUUGAAGCGGAGUCUGGCCCAGUGGAAGGACCUUGCCCCCGAAGACCCCAAUGUGCCUGAUUUCCCCGUGCGCAUCAGUCUUGCGCGACUUCUGAUGGAAGUGAACAUGGAGUUCGAGGCCCUGGAAGUCCUCGAGCGACUGAUCUUGGAGGAUGACCAGAGUGUGGAGGCCUGGUACCUCGGUGGUUGGUGUCUCUAUCUGCUGGCAGAGAAGCAGGAAGCCCCGAAGGAUAUCAAGGACGACGAGGAGGAAUCUCCGAGACACGCCUCGCUGAUUGCCAGUCGGGAGUGGCUCAAGCAGAGUUUGAAACUUUACGAACUACUCCAGUACGAAGAUGAGCGACUCCGUGAUCAUGCUAUGGAGCUGGUGCGAGGAAUGAACCAGGAAAUCGGUGAAGAUAUGGACGACAGUGAAGCAGAGGGUGAGGGUGCGGGUGAGGACUGGGAAGAUGAGGAGAUCGAAGUUGAAUCUGACGACGACCACGAGAUGGCCGAUUCAUAG